AUGGCUAAACACAAAGCCGCCCGCCGUACCCUCAAUUCGUACUCCGUCAAGCACAUUAACAAAACCAUCCGCCCCGGAGACUGCGUUUUGAUGCGUCCUUCAGAGUCGUCAAAACCGUCAUACGUGGCGCGCGUGGAGAAGAUCGAGGCCGACAGCCGUGGCGCGAACGUGAGGGUGCACGUGAGGUGGUAUUACCGUCCGGAGGAGUCUCUCGGCGGUCGGCGGCAAUUCCACGGCUCGAAAGAGGUGUUCUUGUCCGAUCAUUUUGACACCCAGAGUGCAGAUACUAUUGAGGGCAAGUGUACGGUGCACAGCUUCAAGGGCUACACCAAGCUUGAUGCUGUCGGGAACGAAGAUUUUUUCUGUCGUUUUGAGUACAAUUCUUCUACUGGAGCUUUCAAUCCAGACAGAGUCCCUGUGUACGUUAUUAUUUUUGGCUAA